AUGGCGAAGGCCAAGAGUAAGAACACGAUCAUCAAGCUGAUCUCGACAGCCGCAACGGGGUUUAGCCGUCAUAUUACAGUAAGCAGGGGCGCUCCUCUUGUGACGCAAGUGAGAUACGACCCAGUAGCGCAGCGUCAUGUCCUAUUUAAGGAAGCCAAGAAGCGGAAAGUGGCUGAAAAAAAGCCCUUAGACUUCUUGAGAACUUCCAAAUGA